AUGGAAAUAAAUUUAUUCAGCAAUUCUACUGUUGCAAACAGUUCAUCCAUCAACCAUAAGCAGUUAGAGGGGCAUAGCCUCUGGGAAGUCAUCACUAUUGCCACUGUAACUGCAAUUGUAAGCUUAAUAACCAUAGUGGGAAAUAUUCUUGUAAUGAUAUCCUUCAAGGUUAACAGUCAGCUCAAAACUGUCAACAAUUAUUACUUGCUGAGCCUUGCCUGUGCAGAUCUCAUCAUUGGAAUAUUUUCUAUGAACCUUUAUACAUCCUAUAUACUCAUAGGCCAUUGGUCUCUUGGAAGCCUUGCCUGUGACCUGUGGUUAGCACUGGACUAUGUAGCUAGCAAUGCCUCAGUAAUGAACCUCCUAGUCAUCAGUUUUGACAGAUACUUUUCCAUCACAAGGCCUUUAACUUACAGGGCCAAACGCACACCCAAAAGAGCUGGCAUCAUGAUUGGUUUGGCAUGGCUAAUUUCCUUCGUGUUGUGGGCACCCGUAAUCUUGUGCUGGCAGUAUUUUGUGGGUGAGCGAACAGUACCACCUGAAGAGUGCCAGAUACAGUUUUUAUAUGAGCCCAUUAUCACCUUUGGUACUGCAAUUGCUGCUUUUUACAUACCAGUUUCCGUGAUGACCAUUCUGUAUUGCCGCAUCUAUAAAGAGACGGAGAAACGUACCAAGGACCUUGCUGAACUGCAGGGUUCAGAAUCUGUGGCAGAGUUUGAGAUGAUAAAGCCUCAGAAAACUCUCCUGAAGUCUUGCUUCAGUUGCAAGCAACACAACUUAGUCAAAAGAGAGAGGUGUCAGGCUUCCUGGUCUUCAUCUAGUCGAAGUACGUCAGCUACAGUGAAAGCCUCUCAGGCAGUGAGUACUUGUAACGACUGGGCUAAGGCUGACCAGUUAACCACCUGCAGCAGCUAUGCAUCUUCAGAAGAGGAGGAUAAAAUUGCCAAUGAUUCAGUUUUCCAAGUAACUUACAAAAGUCCAUCGAAAGGUAAGGCAGAAGAGUUUAAUGAGAGUACGGAUGUUGUUGUCAAAGACAAACCUGAAGAAAAUGAUUUUGAGAACCAGAAAUACUUUUUGUCACCCGCUAAAGGCCAUGUACAAAAAAGUAAAAAAUGUGUGGCUUAUAAAUUCCGGUUGGUGGUUAAGGCUGAUGGCACCCAAGAAGCCAACAAUGGUUGCCGUAAAGUAAAAAUAACUCCUUGUUCUGCUGCUCUGUCAAAGGAUCUUUCCAUCAAAAGCAUGGAUCCAAAUAUAAAUAACCAAAUCACCAAAAGGAAACGGAUGGUUCUUAUAAAGGAACGCAAAGCAGCACAGACUUUAAGUGCUAUUCUUUUGGCUUUUAUCAUCACAUGGACUCCCUACAAUAUCAUGGUUUUGAUCUCCACAUUCUGCUCUGACUGCAUUCCCCUGACAUUGUGGCACCUCGGAUAUUGGCUAUGCUAUGUGAACAGCACUGUUAACCCCAUUUGUUAUGCUCUCUGUAACAAAACUUUCAGGAAAACUUUUAAGAUGCUGCUUUUCUGCCAGUGGAAAAAGAAAAAAGUGGAAGAGAAGCUAUACUGGCAGGGCAAUACCAGGCUGCCAUAA